AUGGCGAGAAUGAAGAUCCCAAAGCGUUAUGUCAUAGUAUUGCUGACAUUCAUCUGCACAAAUGUUUGUUACGUUGAGCGUGUGGGUUUCUCAAUUGCGUACACCGUAGCAGCUGAUGCAAUCAACGUGAAUCAAGCAAACAAGGGCCUGAUACUCUCCAUGUUCUAUUAUGGUUAUGUUUUGUCACAAAUUCCUGGUGGAUGGGCAGCUCAGAGAUUGGGAGGGAGACGUGUUCUGCUAGCAGUCAUUCUGGUCCUUUCUCGCCUUUUUGUUGGUGUAGCACAAGGUUUCAUAUUUCCUGCCAUUCACACAGUCCUCGCACAAUGGGUGCCACCGCAGGAGCGCUCUCGCUCAGUGUCGUUAACAACCUCAGGGAUGUACCUCGGGGCAGCUUGUGGCAUGUUGUUUUUUCCAAGUCUGGUGAAGCACAUGGGACCCCAAUCUGUAUGUUUAGUCGAAGCAGUACUUGGAGUAGCAUGGUCUGUAAUAUGGUUGAAGUUCUCCAGUGAGCCACCUCGCACCGACCUUCCAAAAGUGGCAAUGCCAAAAGUAGCAUCUCGGGAGAAGAUCAAGGCGCAGUCAGUAGGAGUUGUUGCACCUCGUACUGUAAAGAUACCAUGGCGAAGGAUUAUCUUCAGUCUACCUGUUUGGGCAAUUGUCGUGAACAACUUCACCUUCCACUAUGCCUUGUAUGUUAUCAUGAACUGGCUGCCUACCUAUUUCGAACUAGCCCUUAAGCUUAGCCUCCAGGACAUGGGAUCGUCAAAGAUGCUUCCCUAUUUCAACAUGUUUAUAUUCUCCAACAUUGGUGGAGUGGUUGCUGAUCACUUGAUUACAAAAAGGAUCUUAUCAGUUACCAAGACAAGGAAGCUCCUUAACACCAUCGGGUUUGUUGUCUCGGCACUUGCACUCAUGGCCCUCCCUUCAUUCGGGACGCCCUCAGGGACUGUGAUCUGCUCAUCGGUGUCCCUUGGCUUUCUGGCUCUAGGAAGAGCAGGGUUCGCCGUGAACCACAUGGAUGUUGCUCCAAAGUUCGCCGGCAUAGUGAUGGGGGUUUCCAAUACAGCUGGGACAUUGGCUGGGAUAGUUGGCGUCGGCCUCACGGGAAACAUUCUGGAGGCUGCAAAGGCUUCUAACAUGGAUCUAACGAACUCGGAAACCUGGAAAACAGUCUUCUUUGUUCCGGCAUACCUCUGUAUUUUUAGUUCAGUCAUUUUCUUGGUCUUCUCAACUGGUGAGAAGAUUUUCGAAUAG